GUAUUAUUUAUUGACAUAUGUUUGAGUUAUGAAAUUAUUGUUGUGUUUACUGUUUCAGGUUCAACUUCAGUCUACAAAACAGGAACGUGACAUAGCUAUCACCAAAGCCCGCAAACUUGAAGAAGAAUUACAGAAUCUCAGAAUGUAUUAUAGUUUGCACAAGUCCUUAUCCCAGGAAGCUAACCUGCGAGAUAAAUUCAAUAAUACACUUGGUAAUAUUGAAGAGCAGGUCAAAGCAAGGGAUGAGGUGCUUGUCAAAGCACAGAAAGAUAAAAAUCAUUUAGCUUCUCAAUUAAAAAUUUCAAUGGACGAGCGGAACCAGGUUGCGGGCGAGCUGCAGCAGAGUGCUAUGAUGCAG